UUCCUUCGAAUUGAUUAGUUAGGGUUCGUCGCGUGCUCAAUCCGACUCGUAGGCGUAUGCGGAGCAGCAGCGGCUCAUGAGGAAACAAACGCAGUAUAAAUGAGUCAGUGACGCGGGAAAGGAGAUAGCAGUCCUCCCAGGAGCUUAAUUUUCCUUUUCCUUCUCCUUUUGAUCGACCGCGGUCUCCCACUCUGGGCUGGAACCCUUCGACAUUGUCAUUGCCAUGGGAAUCAAGGGUUUGACGAAACUCCUCGCGGAUAACGCCCCCAAGGCCAUGAAGGAGCAGAAGUUCGAGAGCUAUUUCGGCCGGAAGAUCGCGAUUGAUGCCAGCAUGAGCAUCUACCAAUUCCUCAUUGUCGUGGGAAGAACGGGUAUGGAAACCCUCACCAACGAGGCUGGCGAAGUCACAAGUCACUUGCAAGGGAUGUUCAAUCGAACUAUUAGAUUAUUGGAGUCGGGAAUAAAGCCAGUAUAUGUAUUUGAUGGUCAGCCACCAGAAUUGAAGAAACAAGAACUUGCCAAGAGAUACUCAAAGAGGGAAGAUGCAACCAAGGAUCUGAACACAGCAAUAGAGACUGGUGACACAGAGGGGAUUGAAAAGUAUAGCAAAAGGACAGUGAAGGUAACUAGACAACAUAAUGACGAUUGCAAACGUCUCUUAAGACUAAUGGGUGUGCCUAUCAUUGAGGCACCUUGUGAAGCAGAAGCUCAAUGUGCAACUCUUUGCAAAAGCGACAAGGUAUAUGCUGUUGCAUCUGAAGACAUGGAUUCUUUAACUUUUGGAGCACCGAAAUUUCUUCGCCACUUAAUGGAUCCCAGCUCCAAAAAAAUCCCUGUUAUGGAAUUUGAAGUUUCAAAGGUUCUUGAAGAGCUAGAACUCAGCAUGGAUCAAUUCAUUGAUUUGUGCAUUCUCUCUGGAUGUGACUACUGUGAUAGCAUAAAAGGUAUUGGAGGUCAAACAGCUUUGAAGCUUAUUCGGCAGCAUGGUUGCAUAGAGAAUAUCUUGGAGAACAUAAAUAAAGAAAGGUACCAAAUACCUGAGGACUGGCCAUAUCAAGAAGCUCGUCACCUGUUCAAAGAACCUAAUGUGAUUAUGGAUGUACCAGAGCUGAAGUGGACUGCUCCAGAUGAGGAGGGUCUUGUGAACUUUCUGGUGACUGAGAAUGGUUUCAACAAUGAUCGAGUUACAAAGGCAGUAGACAAGAUUAAAGCAGCCAAGAAUAAAUCUUCUCAAGGACGGCUGGAGUCGUUCUUUAAGCCUGUUGUAAGUGCAUCUACACCACCUAAAAGAAAGGUUUUGGAAAAAGUGGCCAAAGAAACUUCGACGAACAAGAAGUCUAAAGCCGUGGGUGCAAAAAAGAAGAAAUAAUUGGAAAAUUCAGUCUGUGCUUAAACAUAGCAUCUUGUUGACUGAGCUGACGAGAACCAUUUUGUUGGUUCGUAUUUUGCCGAUCCUAUCUGCACUACGGUUUGGGCUUUUAUGAUUCGACUUGGCCGAACCUGUUUUUUAGUAGUUCUUAAUGGUAGAUGUAGUUAUGUUAAUUUAUUAAAUGUGUUUCAUGGUUUAUUUGUGCUUA